GAUCUCUUUAAGCCAUGGAGAGAGGCAAUCAUACAGUGACUGAGUUCAUCCUGGUGGGCUUCACGACAGACCCAGUGAUGCAGCUGGUCCUGUUUGUGGUAUUCCUUGGCGUGUACUCUCUGACUGUGGUAGCAAAUGCCACCCUCAUAGUUUUGAUCUGUAAUGACUCCCGGCUGCACACACCCAUGUAUUUUUUCAUUGGGAAUCUAUCUUUUCUGGAUCUCUGGUAUUCCUCUGUCUACACUCCGAAAAUCCUCAUGACCUGCAUCUCUGAAGACAAAAGCAUCUCCUUUGCUGGCUGUGUAUGUCAGUUCUUCUUCUCUGCAGGGCUGGCAUAUACUGAGUGUUACCUGUUGGCUGCCAUGGCUUAUGACCGCUAUAUGGCCAUCUCAAAGCCACUGCGCUAUGCUCAGGCCAUGUCUAUAAAGCUGUGUGCAUUUUUGGUAGCAUCCUCAUAUCUUGGUGCUUUUAUUAACUCUUCUAUCAUCACCAAAAGAACUUUUGCCUUAGACUUCUGUAGUGGCAAUGUUAUUGAUGACUUUUUUUGUGAUUUGCUGCCCCUGGUGAAGUUGGCUUGUGGCAGAAAAGAUGGCUACCAGGCUAUACUGUACUUCCUUCUGGCCUCCAAUGUCAUCACCCCUACAGUGCUCAUCCUAGCCUCCUACCUGUUCAUCAUUGGCGCCAUCUUGAGGAUCCGCUCCACCCAGGGCCGCCUCAAAGCCUUCUCUACAUGUUCCUCACACCUGGUCUCUGUCACCUUGUACUAUGGCUCCAUUCUCUACAUCUACUCUCGUCCCCGAUCUAGCUAUUCUUUGGACACAGACAAAAUAGUUUCCACAUUUUAUACUGUGGUGUUCCCCAUGCUGAAUCCUAUGAUCUAUAGCCUGAGGAAUAAGGAUGUGAAAGAGGCUCUGAAUAAACUCAUUAAAUAAAUCAAGAUUCUCUCCUUCUCAGGAGAUGCAAUGACAAUUUUUGAUCAGGUUACUUACUAUAUUUCAAGAAGAGCUGCCAUUGUGUUCCAUCAUGAUUAAGAAUUCUUACAAUGCAAGUUAAAGACUUUGCACCCUUGAUCCAUGACAAUUUAAGAGAAAUAAGACAAAAUUAGAGCAGUUUAGGAGAUAGAAUUUAAAUGCAAAAUUUAAGAAUUUUUAUUGAAUUUCAUGUUAUUCUAGACUAAAACUAAAUGAAAAAUUUUAAGUUCUCCUUUACAUUCAAAAUAUAACAGAACACCUCAGUUUAUCGUGAGAAUAUUUAUGACUGAUUGAUAUACACAGAAUAGGAUCUAUCCGGUUAUGUCCUGAAAAUAGGAACAAAUAUGCUGAGUUAAUUUUAAAUAUUUUCCUAUGAAAGUUAAUUGGUUGAAAUUAUCCCUUUCUAUUGCCUCACCAGGAUUUCUUAAGCAUUUUUAUCUACAUUUUGCCCCCAGAAACAUUAGCAUGAACACCCAGAGGAACCCAUGAAAUAAUUUGGUACAAUUAGACUCACCAAGCAUCAUCUCUCCAAUCUAUAUUUCUCACAUAUGUCCCUCAAGGAAAAAUCUGUCGCGUUUCUAUAGAUAUGAUUUUUGUAUAUCACAGUGUAAGUACCAGAGUUCCUUUUUUAUUUUACAAGAGUGAACUUGCAAGGUCUUCCACAUCCAAAUGGUGACAUUCUGAGCAUCAAAGCAAUAUUAUGAUGAUAAAGAAUGAUAACUACAGUGAGCUAAAACAAUUUGAGAAAUA